GGAAGUGAAUGCAAGAGAGAAGAGGGAGGAUCUAGGUAGACGGGCGGAGGUGUAGGGUUACAUAGGUGAGGAUUUGGGACGGGGGCUGAUACGCUCCAAACAAAUCUACACAGAACUGAAGUCAGCUGGGCAGAACCUUUUAAACACAGUCUAGCAGAGCGAGUUUGAAACAGAGCUCAGGUAGAUCAGGUAGCAGUGGUUGUUUAAAGAAAUACUGAGGAAAGAGAUCAGAUAGUUAGGUGUGUUCCUGUAGGCAUAAAGUGGCUCGUGUGGUCUCCACUGCCCAAUCUGCUGUGGGCACUACGACCAGCAGAGUGCAAGAACACGUCAACAACAACAACAAAACAAUGAAGGGUCAAACUCAGGUGCCUGAAGAGAAUACAAGACCUUUGAACCCAACGCAGCAAGUGCCACGUCCGGGAAAACACAGAAAAGCCAUGACAGCUCCAAAGGCCGAGAAGGGGAAAAGGAUCUCCAUAAGAAAGAUCAUUAUUAUAAUCCUGAUAGUUUUGGUCAUACUGGCCAUCCUGGCUGUGGCUGCUUACUUUAUCAAGCAGCUGAUCGAAAGCAAGUAUUACUUUUGCUCCAAGUCGGUUAAGUUCAUUCCUGUGGAGAAGGCUUGCGAUGGUAAAGAGGACUGCAGCGGAGCAGAAGAUGAGUCAGCCUGUGUCACGAAGUUUGGAACCAACUCCACAUUCCCCUUACGGCUGAUCUCAUCUCGUAAUGUGCUACAGGUUUACAACCCUGUUAACAAUAACUGGAGAAGUGUAUGUGCACAGGGAUUCAGCCAAGAACACGCAGAGACCGCGUGCCAAAUUCUGGGAUACACAGUUACACCAUCGUACAGCACAGUGCAAACAGGACUUUUAAACUCUGAUUUAAAGAGAUCUUUCUGCAUUGUGGGCUCAAGUAAACAACAGACUUUUCACUCCACUGUUUCAGAUCACACGGUAUGCAGUACAGUUGUCACGUUGGCAUGCUCAGCUGACUGUGGCGUGAGCACAAGCCAGGACCGGAUUGUUGGGGGACAGAAUGCGAUCAUUGAGAACUGGCCCUGGCAGAUCAGCCUGCAGCACAGCGGUCAGCACACGUGUGGAGGAUCACUGGUGUCUCCACGCUGGGUGGUCACUGCUGCCCACUGCUUCAAUGGCGAGGGGAAGAAGGAUCUGGGCAGAUGGAGGGUGGUCUCUGGAAUCACAUAUCUGGCCUCUUCUGGGGCUUCUGCUGUGGACAAGAUCAUCCUCAACAGAGAUUACACCUCAUCACGGAAUGACUAUGACAUCGCCAUGAUAAGACUUCAAGCUCCUAUUACUGUUGGAGAAACCCGUAGGCCCGUGUGCCUUCCUCCUCAGGACCUCGGCCUCCAAGCAGGAGACAACUUAGUUGUAACUGGCUGGGGACAUGUGAAGGAAAAAGGUAGUUUGUCUUCAAACCUACAGAAGGCUCAGAUCCCUCUCAUAGACAGUGCACAGUGUUCAAGUUCCACAGUGUAUGGAUCUAGCAUAAGUCUCAGGAUGAUCUGUGCGGGUUAUCUAGAGGGCAAUGUAGAUGCGUGCCAGGGUGAUAGUGGUGGUCCUUUGGUAUAUUCAUCUGGGCGUUGGAUGUUGGUGGGGGUGGUGAGCUGGGGUGUGGGCUGUGCCAGGGCAAAUCGUCCUGGUGUUUAUACCAACAUGGACCAGAUGAUCGACUGGGUCCACUCAGUCAUGCAGGAGUUUCCAUGAGUUUGGGAAAAAGGACACACUCGGACAAACCCACAACAUGGAUUCCCAGAGAUCAUCAGUACGCAAAAAGAGAAAAAACGUGCACUAUACGUACAGUAUAUGGUUUAAAACUUGGAAUUCAAAAUCUAAUUUAAUCUUUGGAAACCUCAAGGAAUUGUUGUGAGAAUCUGUGGUCUGCACUCAGGGUCUUGUGAAACAAUUGAAGGUGCCAUUAGAAUAAUUUUGCACAACGUUAUAAAUAAUGUAUUCAUAUGCACACUAAAUACUGUUAAUGAACAUUAAUGAACAGUCACUCUUUCUGUGGACUGCACCAAUGCACUUUUGUCAGUUUGAAUCACAGUAAAAUGCAUUCAACAGCCACAAGAGAGUGCUGUUUUGUCUCGAAGAUGUCAAAUCCUUGAGCUGUUUUGCUCUGCCAAAAAAAUACAUCGGUGCCUUUAAAAUGCAGUAGAGCGUCUAUGUGAUGCAUUUGAGGUCUUGAGAAACGUAAUCAUGGAUUGUUUUGUGGUAUGUGAUAUAGAGACCUCAUACUGUGCAUAUUGCAGUUUUGGGCAUGACAACUGCAAACCAUGUUUGAGUGCGCGAAACAUAGGAAUCACACCUGAAGUUGCUAUGAUUCCUUAUACGGUUACAAGAUUUUUCAAAUUAAUGUAUGGUAGACAGAUAACUGUUUUAAUGUAUGUAGCACAAAACUGUAAAAAAAAUGUUUUUACAGAAUUUUACUGUUUUUACAGAUUUUUCACGUAUUUUUGAAAUACGGUGAAAAGCAUUAAAUUACAGAAAAGACUGCAAAUUCUCAAGAAAACUGUGGAAAAAUGUUAUUUUUCAGAUUUUUCAUGUAUAGGCCUACUGUAAAAAAACUUGAAAAUGUACAGAAUUUCACUGUUUUUACAGAUUUUCACUUAUUUUUGAAAUACGGUAAAGAAAAACUUUAAAUUGCAGAAAAUUUACAAGACAAACAUGAAACUUUUUUUAAUGGGAUUUUUACACUUAUGUUCAUAUGCUGUUUUAAUGAAAAUCAGUUCUCACUUUGAAUUCUUCAGGAGUGACUUUAGUUGUGGAAUGCCACAUUUGGAAAUAAUCACAUUUUGUGAGAACAGAAUACGGGAUUAAACACUCGAAACAGGAGUGACACCAUAUUUAGCUGCUGUGGGCAUGGUCAUUGAAUCAUGUUACCUGAACUAUUGUGGAUUAGUAUUAAAUUAUUCGCAUUGGGUUGUGAAACUCAAAUAGCUUUCAAUAUUUGUUAAAAAGAUCAGAAAAUGUAUGUUUUUAUUUGAAUUAAAAAUAUACAUGGUUUUGUAUACUUUGAUUUUGUUAAUUUAUGGACAUUGUUUUGUGAUGUAUGGUAAAUGUGUGUAAAUAGAGUGUUGACGGAAGCUUUUGAUAAGAUGAAUUUACCCUCUUUGUAAAAGUUAAGGUUAUUUCUUUGUAAAUAUUGUACACAUUUUGUUCUGUUGGUCAUGUUGAUUUAUUAUAAUAAAAGGGGUAAACAGUAAGUUUCGUCUCUCACUAUUAACUUCCCAAUGGAUAACAAAUUUGACUCCCUAUAGUAAACAAAAGACAACAAACAAGUAAUAUUUUUAUGCAAACCUUUAUUUUAUAUGUUGUUUUUGAUAUAUUGAUUAGUUUAUUCUAUACAAUCCAGAGAAAUCUACUGAGGUGCAUAGUAAUGAGAAGGGAAUAUGACAGAUGUUGGUACAAAGGGAAAUUUAAAGACAAACAGCUGUACAUACAUGAUCUUUUGUUCAUUUUUUCUGAGUACGUGAUGUCUGUGCUUGUAAGCUUUUAAAGUGCUCGGUCGGAGCCGGUGAUCAAAAUCUAGCAGCUCGGGCAUUAUUCAAAUUCCUUUCUCUGAUCCUUUCUCAAAAACGGAAUGGAAGUGAAUUAAAAUGAAGGGAACGUUCUGCACUGAUGGGUAUUUGAUCUUUUUAUGGAUUCAAUUUCGAAUCACAAUUUUCAAAAUGUUGCCGUCGUUCAGUGUGUCCUGUAUAGUAUGCAGUAUGCUAAUUCUGAACACAGCAAAUGUGACUGGAAUACUUGAUCUUUUAAAAAUGGUCGUACGUGUUAAAAUCCACCAGAGGGAGACAGAGUGUCUUGGAAUGUGUUGAUACUCUCUUGGCUUGGCAGUGAGAAUGAGUUAGUCAUCCAGGCAGUGAAAUCCAGUUUAGAGUCAAUAUUUUCUGAGCCAACGUUUAAAAA